UUGGGAUGUGCAGGAGGGGAGCCGGGAGGGUUUUUGUCGAGUCUUACCCCAUUUUAGUCUCGUGGAAAGAAAACUUGCCGAGCGAUCUCCUUGGGAGCCGACGCUGGAGCCUUCCCGACCCACUCAGAUUCCACGCGGACUCGGGAGGAAGGGGACCGCUUUCUGCCGUCGGCCUCACUCGCUGCCAAGAAGCCGGCCUUUGUUUUUGAAGUCUGGAGAGAUGGACGAAGACGGUGCCGUCAGUUGAAGCCCGAAGAAGGAAUCAUCAGGGCAUCCUUUCGGGGGCUUCAUCAAAACAUUGCCUCCCUGGCCCACUAUUGGUUUCCCUGGCCCUCCCUCUCCUCGGAGCCUGGUGUGGAAUUAUUACCCUUUUUGCUGUGUGGCAGCCUUUCCCCCCAAUGUGGACUCCAAAGGAUUGGCUCCUUCUUUGUGAUUUGAAAUGAAAUGAUGGCCACACGUCGGACUGGUCAGCCGGAGGGAGAUGGUGACACGCUCAAGGCCCACGGGUCCCCCGCCUGUGAGGUGUCAAAAAAUAAAGAUGGAAAAGAACAAAGUGAAACUGUAUCACCAUCCGAAGAUGAAGCGUUCUCCUGGCCAGGUCCCAAAACAGUUAUGUUGAAAAGAACAUCUCAAGGCUUUGGUUUUACAUUAAGGCAUUUUAUUGUUUAUCCCCCAGAGUCUGCAAUUCAAUUUUCAUAUAAGGAUGAAGAAAAUGGCAACAGAGGAGGAAAACAAAGAAACCGCUUGGAACCAAUGGACACCAUAUUUGUUAAGCAGGUUAAAGAAGGAGGACCUGCUUUUGAGGCCGGAUUAUGCACAGGUGACCGAAUUAUAAAAGUCAAUGGAGAAAGUGUUAUUGGAAAGACCUAUUCCCAAGUAAUUGCUUUAAUUCAGAACAGUGAUACAACAUUGGAACUUAGUGUUAUGCCAAAAGAUGAAGACAUUCUCCAAGUGGCAUAUUCUCAAGAUGCCUACCUGAAAGGCAAUGAAGCCUACAGUGGCAAUGCCCGCAAUAUCCCCGAACCUCCACCAGUCUGCUAUCCCUGGCUGCCAUCUGCCCCUUCAGCCAUGGCAGCGCCAGCUGAAGUAUCUCCUCCAGACUCCUCAUCCAGCAAACAGCAGACCACUACCCCAGUACUGACCCAACCUGGCAGGGCCUAUAGAAUGGAAAUACAAGUGCCUCCAUCACCAACAGACGUUGCAAAGUCAAACACAGCGGUGUGUGUUUGCAAUGAGAGUGUGAGGACUGUCAUUGUACCUUCUGAGAAGGUUGUAGAUUUGUUACCUAAUAGAAACAACCAUACAGUUCCUUCACACAGAACUGAAGAGGUGAGGUAUGGCAUAAGUGAGCAGCCCUCUUUAAAAACAGUGUCAAGAACCACAUCACCAUCAUCAUCCAUCCCCACUGCCCACCUAAUUCAUCAGGCCCCAGGCUCCAGAUCGUUGGAACCUUCUGGAAUUUUAGUCAAGUCUGGCAAUUACAGUGGACAUUCGGAAGGAAUCUCAAGCAAGAGAUCUCAAGCUUUGGAUUCUCCUUCUGUGUCUGUUAAUCAUUAUUCUCCAAAUUCCCAUCAGCACAUAGACUGGAAAAACUAUAAAACUUACAAAGAGUAUAUUGAUAACAGACGAUUGCAUAUGGGUUGUCGGACAAUUCAAGAAAGAUUAGAUAGUUUAAGGGCAGCAUCUCAGAGCACAACAGAUUAUAACCAGGUGGUACCGAACCGCACGACUUUGCAGGUACGACGCCGCAGCGCCUCUCAUGACCGAGUGCCCCAGUCUGUUCAGAUCCGACAACGCAGUGUGUCCCAGGAGAGGCUGGAGGACUCUGUGCUAAUGAAGUAUUGUCCACGCAGUGCGUCGCAGGGGGCGCUGACAGCCCCACCUGUUAGUUUUAGCAAUCAUAGGACUCGUUCAUGGGAUUAUAUCGAAGGACAGGGUGAAACCUUGGAAAACGUCACUUCUGAAAGUCAAAUGCCGGAUUCAAAUGGAGAAAGAAAACAGACUUAUAAAUGGAGUGGAUUUACGGAGCAGGACGAUAGACGAGGCAUUUACGAAAGACCUAGGCAGCAAGAAAUCCACAAGUCUUUCCGAGGUUCCAAUUUUACCGUGGCUCCGAGUGUUGUUAAUUCUGAUAUUAGGCGAACGAGUGGCAGAGGAGUGGGAUCGGUGUCUCAGUUUAUAAAAAUUCCACCAGAUCUGAAGACAGUGCAGUCAAACAGAAGUUUUCAAACCACUUGUGGAAUGUCACUGCCUCAAGGUAUUUCACAAAACAGGUCACCUCUUGUCAAAGUCAGAAGUAAUUCUCUGAAAGCACCUUCGAUGCAGGUCACAAAACCAUCAUUUAACCAGAAUUCAUUUGUUUCUAUCAAAGACCAAAGACCAGUAAAUCACUUGCAUCAAAACAGUCUGUUGAAUCCGCAGACGCGGUUAAGAUCUGAAAGUGUCCCCGGUCAGCAGGUGGAGCCUGGGAAAGCCCCCUGUCUGUCUGGAGCUUCCAAGUCUGCCCCUCAGGUGAAUGAGAACUCCGGCGCUUCAGAAGGAGAAUUACCUGUCACUCAAAGGAGCCAAGAUUUACAUUUACAAGCGGCUGAAAUUCAGCAGUCAGAUACUUUAGAUAAUAAAGAAACUGUCAUCCUAAGAGAAAAACCUCCCUCUGGUCGCCAAACACCGCAGCCUUUAAGGCAUCAGUCUUACAUCUUGGCAGUAAAUGACCACGAGACCGCAUCUGACACUACCUGCUGGCUGCCUAACGACGCGCGCCGAGAGGUCCAUAUAAAAAGGAUUGAGGAAAGGAAGGCCUCCAGCACCAGUCCGCCUGCUGACUCCUUGGCCUCCAUCCCAUUCAUAGAAUCUCAAAUCCUACAGUGGCCUUCGAGGCCUUCCCCGAUCUGCCCCCCAACACGACUCCACCUCUGACUCCAUGUCCUAUCUUCUGUGCAUUCAUCCCGUCUUCAUCUCUGCCAGCUUUGCAGCUGGGCAGUGCCAAGCAUGUCCUGCUUCAGGGUCCUGGCACCGCCUGACUUGCCCUCUCUCACUACAUGGCUCUUUGACAUUACCUUGUCAGGCAGCCUAUCUAAAAU